GCGAACCAGAACUGUAUAACUCAAAUCGAAUAAACAGAGACAUUAUAGUACCUAGGAUACUGAAUAUGACUCCAGUUAUGAGAUACAGACAACCAAGUUCUUUAUGAUUGCUGUACACCACCACCCCACUGGACUGCUUAAGACAGCUAAAAGUGUUGGAUUUCAAUAUCCUACGACAUUAAGGUUAUUCCACAUCGGUUAUGUUCUAGGCGUAAUAUAUGGAUUACUGUUAUCACUCGUAUUAACAGCGAGAGAAAACUACUACUCAGAUGCUAGUAUGAUCAGUACCAUCGUACUGGGAGUAAUCAUCUCUGAGACAGGAUUAUUUAUAAGCUUUUUCUGGGGAGUAUAUACUACGAGUUGGACUACUGGUUUAGAUCUUGAAGGUCUUUGUUUACCGGAUCCAAGUUCUAUUGUGCUCUUCAUGACCAUCAUGUUAAGUGCAUUAAGUAUAGUGGUAUCCAGCGUAUAUUUGAAAAACCAACAUUUAUAUACAAGCUGUACAAAUAUCAUGAUAUUCACUUUGGUAGUCUCCUUCCUAAUGUUAGUCUGUACGGAAUACUUAGGUCUAUCUAUUUAUAUUAACGAUAAUGGAUUUGGUAAUGGUCUAUUUAUACUUACUGGUAUACAUUUCAGUCAUGUUAUUGUCGGUGCUAUCUUGGGUUUCUUUAAUCAGGGUAUGUAUAGCUCUCUAGUUACAUAUUUACCAGUAAACUGCAUAACUUUGAGUAAAUGCAAAGGUACAUUAUGUAAAAUCUUCUCAGAACCAUUUACAAUCUUAUAUCUACAUUUCGUCGAAGCAGUGUGGAUAAUGAUCCACGUUACAUUCUAUCUCUAAAUUAUAUAACGGUCGUAAGGUACGCCGGGGAUAACAGGUCAGAUAAUAU